AUGCUCUCCCUCAAGACCCUGGCUCUCCUCCUCCCUGCCCUCUCGGCAGCAUACACCCUCCACGCCUGCACCGACAACAGCUGCUCCGAGGGCUGUAAAGACUUCAGCGCCCCUGAUGUCAGCAGCGACACCGACUGUCUAGACUUCGGCUUCGUGGCCAAAUCCAUCUACUGGACGGACACGAAAAACACUCUCGAUGGCUGGAAAGCCGCGGGCUGCAACGGCGGGCCUGGCUCAGAGGAUGUGUGGAUUAAUGACGGGAACCCGGAGAAUAAUGCCUGCAUUGACCAGGAGAACAGUGAUGGGGCGCCGGAUGGGUUCCGGUAUUAUAUUAUCAAUAACAGCGCCGAAUAG